AUGAUGUUCAAAAUUGACUUUGAAAAAGCAUAUGAUCACUUGAACUGGGGAUUCCUCGAUUCGGUCCAAGAGCAAAUGAAUUUUCCUCCUAAGUGGCGAAGGUGGGUGAUGGCGAUUUUAUCUUCGGCGAGAUCAUCGGUUCUAGUAAAUGGCUCACCAUCGUUUGAAUUUCAGUUUGAGAGGGGUAUGAGGCAAGGCGAUCCUCUAUCCCCUUUUUUGUUUAUCAUCGGUAUGGAGGCGUUUUCGUGUAUAAUGAAGAAAGCGAUUGAGGUAAAUCUUUUUCAUUGGUUUAUAUCACCUAACGAGGGGCCGACUAAAUCCCAUUUGCUUUUUGCGGAUGACGCUCUCAUUUUGGGGGAAUGGUCAUCUAUCAAUGUGCUCAACUUGGCUCGUCUAUUGAGGUGUUUCCAUUUAGUGUCAGGCCUUAAGAUUAACUAUGCGAAUCUCUUCUUUUUGGGGUGGGCGUAG